UCCUUCUUUUUUUGGCUCUCACUCACUGCAAUGGCGGAACAGCAGCAGUUCUACCUCUUGCUGGGAAACCUGAUGAGCACUGACAACAACGUCAGGAAACAAUCAGAGGAGACCUAUGACACCAUCCCCGGUCAGACUAAGAUCACAUUCUUGCUGCAGGCCAUCAGAGAUGCAUCUGCUGCGGAGGAGGUCAAACAGAUGGCAGCAGUGCUUCUGCGACGGCUGCUGUCGUCGUCCUUUGAGGAGAUCUACCCGGGCCUGACCCUGGAGAUGCAGACAGUCAUCAAAACAGAGCUGCUGAGCAGCAUCCAACAGGAGACCUCACCCACCAUCCGCAAGAAGGUCUGCGACAUCGCAGCAGAGCUCUCCCGCAACCUUAUCGAUGAUGAUGGGAAUAACCAGUGGCCAGAGGUGCUCAAGUUUCUGUUUGACUCUGUCAACGCAAGUGAAAAUGUUGGCUUGCGAGAAGCUGCCCUGCACAUAUUCUGGAACUUCCCAGGAAUCUUUGGCAACCAGCAGCAGCAUUAUAUGGAGGUUAUUAAGCGCAUGCUUGUUCAGUGCAUGCAGGACCAGGCAAACCCACAGAUCCGCACCCUGGCAGCCAGAGCUGCAUCAUCAUUUGUUCUGUCCAACGAAGGCAAUUCAGCGCUGCUGAAGCACUUUGCUGACCUGCUACCAGGCAUCCUGCAGGCAGUGAAUGAGUCCUGCUACCAGGGAGACGAUUCUGUGCUCAAGUCAUUGGUGGAAAUUGCAGACACAGCGCCUAAAUACCUGAGACCCAACUUGGAAGCCACUCUGCAGCUCUGUCUGAAGCUGUGUGCAGACACCAACUUGACUAACAUGCAGAGGCAGUUGGCACUGGAGGUCAUCGUCACCUUAUCCGAGACUGCAGCAGCCAUGCUGAGGAAACACACUGCCAUUGUGGCUCAGAGUGUGCCCCAGAUGCUGGCUAUGAUGGUGGACCUUGAGGAGGAUGAUGAGUGGGCCAUGGCUGAUGAGCUGGAAGAUGAUGACUUUGACAGUAAUGCUGUGGCUGGGGAAAGUGCUCUGGACAGAAUCGCCUGCGGUCUGGGAGGAAAGAUCAUCUUGCCAAUGAUCAAACAGCACAUCAUGCAGAUGCUGCAGAACUCUGACUGGAAGUACCGUCAUGCUGGGCUGAUGGCGCUGUCAGCCAUCGGUGAGGGCUGCCACCAGCAGAUGGAGGCCAUCCUCAAUGAGAUUGUCAGCUUCGUCCUCCUCUUCUGCUCCGACCCUCACCCGAGAGUGCGGUAUGCUGCUUGCAACGCUAUUGGACAAAUGGCCACAGACUUUGCCCCCACCUUCCAAAAGAAAUUUCACGAUAAGGUUAUUUCAGCCCUGCUUCAGACCAUGGAGGACCAGAGUAACCCUCGGGUGCAGGCGCAUGCUGCCGCUGCCCUCAUUAACUUCACAGAGGACUGUCCCAAGUCACUGCUCAUCCCUUAUCUGGACAGCUUGGUGCAACACCUACAUGUCAUCAUGGUUGCCAAGCUGCAAGAGUUGAUCCAGAAGGGUACCAAACUGGUCCUGGAGCAGGUGGUGACAUCCAUUGCUUCAGUGGCUGACACGGCUGAGGAGAAGUUUGUGCCAUACUAUGACUUGUUCAUGCCCUCACUGAAACACAUCGUAGAAAACGCUGUGCAGAAGGAGCUGCGGCUGCUUCGUGGAAAGACCAUUGAGUGCAUCAGCCUCAUCGGCCUGGCUGUUGGCAAAGAGAAGUUCAUGCCAGACGCCUCUGCCGUCAUGCAGCUGCUCCUCAAGACCCAGACGGACUUUAACGACCUGGAGGAUGAUGAUCCUCAGAUCUCGUACAUGAUCUCAGCCUGGGCCCGAAUGUGUAAGAUCCUAGGGAAAGAGUUUCAGCAGUACCUGCCUGUAGUGAUGGGCCCCCUGAUGAAGACAGCCUCCAUCAAGCCUGAGGUGGCCCUCCUUGACACUCAGGACAUGGAGAACAUAUCAGAGGAUGACGGCUGGGAGUUUGUUAACCUGGGAGACCAGCAGAGUUUCGGUAUUAAGACGGCCGGACUGGAGGAGAAGGCCACUGCCUGCCAGAUGCUGGUGUGUUAUGCCAAAGAGCUGAAGGAGGGUUUUGUAGAGUACACGGAGCAGGUGGUGAAGCUGAUGGUUCCUCUACUCAAGUUUUACUUCCACGAUGGUGUGCGGGUGGCAGCAGCCGAGUCCAUGCCCCUGCUGCUGGAGUGUGCACGGGUUCGAGGACCAGAGUACCUCACCCAGAUGUGGCUCUUCAUGUGCGACGCCCUCAUCAAGGCCAUCGGCACAGAGCCCGACUCUGACGUCCUGUCGGAAAUUAUGCAUUCGUUUGCCAAGUGUAUUGAGUUGAUGGGAGACGGCUGUCUGAACAACGAGCAUUUUGAGGAGCUGGGCGGCAUCUUGAAAGGGAAACUGGAUGAACACUUUAAGAACCAGGAGCUCAGACAGGCUAAGAGACAAGAUGAAGACUAUGAUGAGCAGGUGGAGGAAUCGUUACAAGAUGAGGAUGAGAACGAUGUGUACAUCCUUACCAAAGUGUCAGACAUCCUGCAUUCAGUUUUCAGUAGUUACAAGGAGAAGGUGCUGCCUUGGUUUGAGCAGCUGCUGCAGCUCAUCGUCCAGCUAAUAUGUCCCAACAGGCCGUGGGCUGACAGACAGUGGGGUCUGUGCAUCUUUGACGAUGUGGUGGAGCACUGCAGCCCCUCUUCUUUCAAAUAUGCCGAGUAUUUCCUGCGGCCGAUGUUGCAGUCACUGUGUGAUACGAGCCCCGAGGUUCGGCAGGCAGCUGCCUACGGUGUUGGUGUCAUGGCUCAGUAUGGAGGAGAGAGCUACCGCCCGUUCUGUACAGAGGCCAUCCCCUUACUGGUCAGAGUCAUCCAGUCACCUGACUCGCGCUCCAAGGAAAACGUCAACGCCACAGAGAACUGCAUCUCCGCCGUCGGAAAGGUCAUGAGGUUCCGACCAGAGUGCGUCAAUGUCAACGAGAUCCUUCCCCAUUGGCUAAGCUGGCUACCGCUCAACGAGGACAAAGAGGAGGCCGUCCACACGUUUGACUUCCUGUGUGACCUCAUUGAAAGCAACAACCCUAUUGUCCUUGGACCAGACAAUGCCAACCUCCCAAAAAUUUUCCUCAUCAUCGCAGACGGCGUUGCAAAUGAAUCUGUGAAGAGUGAAGACCCGUGCAGCAAGCGGCUGGCAAAUGUCAUCCGUCAAGUACAGGUGUCGGCAGGAUUAUGGACACAGUGUGUAUCAACACUGAACGAGACGCAGCAGAAAGCCAUACAGGACCUACUGAAUACUGCCUGAGCCUGUAACCCUGGCCACCUCCCCGCUCUUUCAAAAAAGCCCAUGAAGAAAAGUUGAGCCCCUGGAUCUCCAUACACUCCCUCUUCUUCUCCUGCUCUGAUCUGUAGUGUGUAUGGACGCCGGCUUCACCCCCUCCUCUUCCCCUCUCCAUCACUAAUUCCACCCUAUUAUAAUACAACCUCCGACUCUACAUUCAGCCGACUGGAGGGAGCAGGUUGGAUAUUUACGACAAUGGAGGACAUUGGCCAUCCACCUCAAAGACUUUCACCCUGUAUCGAAGGAAGUCGUCCCUGUCUUAUCGCAGUCACAUGUCUUCUAUCUGGACGUUUUUGUUUCCAACCAUUCCCUGAUGUGUGCCCAGAGGGACCCCAUUCUCGACGUCGCCCCACACAAACUCAUUGGACAGUCAGGCUCAGAGGGGCCAUAAUGGGGGGAAAUGGGGACAGGACAUUAUAGUGGACUGAGCAGUUGAAUGAAAUGGAAAUGCACACAGGGCGAUCACUGCCUGUCUCCUGUGAAUCUUAUUUUUCUUUUCUUUUUUUUUUCCUUUUUCUUUUAUUUCUUUUCUUGUUCUGUGUUCCCAGUGUUACCUGGGGGGAGACGGCCUCUGUCUGCCACAGCUCAGAGGGUUGUUUCCAAAAGUAACGGCAUGUUUGUUAAGUGGCUAACUCUAGAAAAAAAUAUAAAUAGUUAGUAAAUUUACAUCAUCGUUGUCCGGGAGAGUUGACAUUGAUUUUUUUUUUAGCAGCUUUCCUCCAUAGCCUUCCAAGAUAGCUGUUCACAGGACACGAAAAUGAGUCUGAAGAUGUUUGCUGAACGGUUCAGCCCCUUUUUUAGGUAGCAGCCAGGGGAAGGGGCUCUCAGACGAGGAGAGCAAUAACCUGUAGUUAGUCACAACCACAAAGCGUGACAAGUUGGAGGAACAUGAAAUGUAGAGUAUUUGUAAAAUGCGUGCUACCAUACUCUUACAUGGUUUUGACCCUUUGCAGCCCUGCAGGUAUGUGAUGGAAGUCCAGAAAAAUACCAAUAAUAAAAUUCCAUUUGAGAA